AUGGGCAGACGCAAGUCGUCCACGGCGGGCAGCGAGCACGAUACGGAGAGCUUGGGAUCGCUCGAGUAUGGCAGUAGGGCUAGUGGCGGCGGGCGGCGGGCCCAGCGAGAGCCAGGCUUUGAAGAGGAGCUGGUGGAGGUGGAUCCCUUUGACACCGCUGUGGAGCAGCUGUAUGAGAAAAGGUGCGAGGAGGGUCUGGGUGUGGUGGGCUACGCGGCCACAGAUGAGCUACACUCUGCUUGGCGCAGCAGCCGGAUCGCAGCAUGCAUGAACGUUUCUGGCGUGCAGGGCUACAACGCGGAGGACACACUGACCCAGCUGUUCCUGUCCUCCAUCCGCAAGGGCAAGGAGUCCGAGGCGUGCCUGGCUGCUAAGGCCUUGGGCCUGCAUGUGACCACACUGGGCGCCUCCACCGCUAGCGAGGGCAUCUACCAGGAGCUGCUCAACGGCAGCGAUGUGGAUGUUCGAGCUGCGACGGGCGAGGGCGUCGCUCUGCUGUGGCUCAUGGGUGAUUUGAGCAGCUUGCCUGAGUCCCCGCGGCCUAGCCGCAGCAGCAGCAACGCCACCAACACGUACAACUCACUGGUGGCCAUGGCCGUGGGUUCACCACGAACCCCGAGGAUAGCGGCAGCCAUGGCGGCAUUCGGCAGCCCAGGCAAUGGCGCAGCCAGUGCCAGUCGCAACGACAAGCAGGGGCCAGCAGCAUGGUCCGAGAUGCAGCUGACAGCAGCAACCACGGAGCAGGAUGGUUAUGGUGCAGCAUUGCAGCAAGAGCGGCAGGCGCAACAGCAGCAGCAGCAAUCACACCCAGCUGUAGCAGACGAGUGUGUGUGGGGGGAGGAGGAGGAGGAGGAGGAGGAGGUGGACAGCCUGGAAGCCAUUGUAGAGCGCAUGCGUGACCUGGCCAAGAAUCGUGGCCAUGCAAGCCGGUUGAACAAAGGUGACCGUGCCACCUCCCGCGGCACAUUCCGUGACCUGUUGGCCAUCAUCGAGGGCGAGUAUGUGCCGGAGCAGAAGAUUAAGCUGCGACACGGUGACCUGCUGCUAGUCAGCGGCCUGCCUGACAACAUCCGGCUUAACUACUUGAGGGCAUACCUGGCGGAUGCUUUCCAGAGUCACCUGCAGAGCAACGAGCUGCUGCACGAGGUGUUCCACUUCCAGCCUGCUGUGGAGCCGGAGGAGAAGCUGACGCCACUCGAAAAGCGCAUGUUUCGCAGCAAGAGCUCGUGCGAUGUGCGCGACCGCACGGAGCUGCGGCGACAGGAGCGCAGCCAAAUGGCGAAUUACAGGCAUGGCUCGCUGGCAGACUAUUGA